UCUGCCCACCAACUAGUCUCUCACUUCUCUACCAUAACCAGAACAAAAUCUCCUUCCUUUUGCUUAUUUUAACAGUGUGUUUGAGUGUUUCAAGAUCAAUGAGAUUCUUAGCGGUGUGUUUUGUCUUCUUAUUUCUGGUGUUACAAGUAACAGACAUUACAUGUUUCACUUUCAGCAAGGAGAAAAAGCUGUCAGAAUUCAGGGCCAAACUUGAACGAAAGAUUCAAGAUUUAGCUGCAAGUCCUUUGGCAUCACCACCCGCUUCAUCAGAAACAAAGAGGAGAGGGAGAGUGUUGUACGUGAGUGAGUAUGGUGCGGAUCCAAGUGGAAAUGAAGAGAGUGGUGAUGCCAUUUUGAAAGCAGUGGAAGAUGCUUCUAGUUUGCAGAAGGGUUAUGAGAUGGUUGCAGGGGUGAAUGACCUUGGAGGAGUUGUCAUUGAUUUGGAAGGUGGAAACUACAAAAUCAGCAAACCCAUCACAUUCCCUUCAGGUGUUGGCAAUAUUGUGGUAAGAGAAGGAACGUUGAGAGCAUCUGAUAAAUUUCCUGGUGAUAGACAUCUAGUUGAGUUAUGGUCAUCAAAGACUGGGAAAGAAGGCAAUGGUGGAAUUUACUAUGAAGACAUAACUUUCAGGGACAUUCUCUUUGAUUCAAGCUACAGAGGAGGAGGGAUAUUGAUCAUUGAUUCUGCUAGAAUCCGGAUCAACAAUUGCUUCUUCCUUCACUUCACCACAGAAGGAAUUCUGGUCCACCAAGGACACGAGACCUUCAUCACAGAUUGCUUUCUUGGACAACACUCAACCGUCGGAGGAGACAAAGAUGAAAAGCACUUCUCAGGGGUGGCCAUCGAUCUUGCUAGCAAUGAUAAUGCAAUCACAGAUGUUGUAGUUUUCUCAGCAGCCAUUGGUGUUGUUCUACGGGGUCAAGCUAACAUUUUAACUGGGGUGCAUUGCUAUAACAAGGCAACAGGUUUUGGUGGCAUAGGGAUAUUAGUGAAAUUGCCUGGUAAUUCUCUGACAAGAAUUGACAACUGUUAUAUGGAUUACACUGGAAUAGUGAUGGAAGAUCCAGUUCAAGUUCAUGUCACAAAUGGGUUGUUUCUAGGGGAUGCUAAUAUUGUAUUGAAGUCUGUUAAAGGUCAAGUUUUGGGUCUAAAUAUAGUGAAUAACAUGUUCAAUGGUGACCCCAAAAGAAAGGUUCCUAUUGUAAGUCUAGACGGGGAAUUCAGUAGCAUUGAUCAAGCGCUGGUUGAUCACAACCUUGUCAAUGGGAUGGGCUUGAGAUCAACGGUUGGGAAGUUAACUGUCAAUGGAAAUGGCACAAAGUGGGUGGCUGAUUUUUCAUCGGUUUUGGUGUUUCCUAAGAAAAUUAGCAAUUUUCAAUUUUCAUUUUACGCUCAAGAUGAGCCUAAGUUUGUAGCAUUUUCUGUGACCAAUGUGUCAGAUAACGUUGUUGUUGUGGAGAGUGAGAAAGAAGCGAAAGGGUCUGUUUCCUUCACAGUUGAACAAUAAGAAAGAGCGAUUAUAUUGUA